CGUCCAGUCGCGUUUGGUGCUGGAUCAUCUCUCGCCGUGUGUCUCCUGUUCUACCACGGAUGAUCGGAUAACCGCCAUCAUACGUGUUCCGCUGAAUGGAAUAUAUUUUCUUUUUUGAAUUUUCCCAUCGUGUUUGUGUUUGAAGUUCCGGCGAUGCAGUGUCGGGUAUUUGGGGACGUGUAGCACUGCGCUUCUGCGAUUGCCUCGCCUCGUUUACGGUCCAAACAGCUUCGUGAAAGUGAACCGGAAAACAUGGACUAAUUUGUUUUUCGCUCACGAUGGGAUUAUUUCGACUUUCUUUUGUUUUCUGUACAUUUCAUAUAUUUUCAGUUUUAGGGUUUGGUGUCGACCCCGCUUUGCGCAUAAACGUAUUCAAUGAAUUGAAGCUAGGAGCGUCGUUUGCCGGAGUUUCCCAAGUCCAUGGCUUCCACAACGAAACCAGAGCGUUUCUAUUCAAAGAUGUGGAGAGGGGUGUAAAGGCUCCUGUAGACGUGGCAGAGCGCAUGCUGGGGAAGUUGAGGCACAGGGCUGAGUUCACUCUGUUGGCCACCCUCAAGCAGGAGCAGCUCAACUCUGGAGUCAUCCUGUCCAUCCACCAUGCUGACCAGAGGUUCCUGGAGCUGGAGAGCAGUGGGCAGCGGGAAGAGAUCCGGCUGCACUACCGGAGCCGCGGGCAGCAGCCGCACACCGAGGUGUUCCCCUACGCGCUCGCCGACGGCCGCUGGCACAAGCUGUCUGUGGCGGUCAGCGCCUCCCAUGUCCUGCUGCAUGUCGACUGCAACAGGAUUUAUGAGCGUGUGGUGGAGGCACCCUUCCUGGACUUUCCAGCAGAUGCGUCUUUCUGGCUCGGACAGAGGAACAGCGCCCACGGAUUCUUCAAGGGGGCGAUGCAGGAUGUCCAGCUCCUGGUUAUGCCCCAGGGCUACAUCUCCCAGUGUCCCGACCUGAACCGCACUUGCCCCACGUGCAACGACUUCCACGGGCUGGUGCAGAAGAUCAUGGAGCUGCAGGACCUCUUGGCCAAAACGUCCAGCAAGCUGUCGCGGGCGGAGGAGAAGAUGAACGGCCUGGACAACUGCUACUGCGAGCGGACGUGCAGCGCCAAGGGAGCCGUGUACCGCCAGGACCAGGCCUGGACCGACGGCUGCCGGAACUGCACGUGCGCGAACGGGACGGUCCUGUGCGAGACCAUGUCCUGCCCCCAGCCCCACUGCCCCCCCGGCACCGCCCCCGCCUACGUGAGAGGAGCCUGCUGCAAGGAGUGCCAGCCGGUGUGCCUGUUCAGCGGGAGGGUGUUUGUGGAAGGAGAGCGGAAGGCCAUGCGAGACUCCUCGGGGAGGUGUCUGCUGUUCGAAUGCCGGGGCAAGACGAUGCGUCGGCUGAAGGACUCGCCCUGCCCGGAGCUGAACUGUCCAGAAUCGGAGCAGGUCGCCCUCGCUGACCGAUGCUGCAGAGUGUGCAGAGGUCAUGACUUCUGCUCGGAGGGCAGCGUCUGUGAGGAGCACUCGGACUGCGUGAGCCAGGAGGCCGGGGCCUACUGCAGCUGCAGAGACGGCUUCCGCGCGCUGCGGGACGACAGCGCCUACUGCCAAGACGUGGACGAGUGCGCGGAGGGGAAGCACUACUGCCGGGAGAACACCGUGUGCGUCAACACGCCCGGGUCCUUCCUGUGCAUCUGCCGCAGUGGCUACAUCCGCAUCGACGACUACUCCUGCACCGAACAUGAUGAGUGUGCCACCGGGCAGCACAGCUGUGACCAGCAUGCUCUCUGCUUCAACACGGUAGGGGGGCACAGCUGCUCCUGUAAGCCGGGCUACGCUGGGAACGGCACACACUGCAAAGCUUCCUGUGAUGGCGUGUGUCGGAACGGAGGCACCUGCGUUUCGCCCGACACCUGCGCCUGCCAGCAGGGCUUCACCGGGUCCAGCUGUGAGAACGACAUCGACGAGUGUGCGGACGGCUUCGUGGAGUGUGACAGCAGGGCCACCUGCGUCAACCUGCCGGGCUGGUACCACUGCGAGUGCCGGGAUGGUUACCACGACAACGGGCUCUUCUCGCCCAAUGGGGACUCCUGUGAAGACAUAGACGAGUGCGUUGCGGGCAGGAACAGCUGUGCGAACGACACGCUGUGCUUCAACCUGGACGGAGGCUACGACUGCAGGUGCCCCCACGGCACCAACUGCACGGGGGACUGCGUCCACCACAGCAAGGUCAAACACAACGGCCAGAUCUGGGUACUGGAGAACGACCGCUGCUCUGUGUGCUCCUGCCAGAGUGGGUUGGUGAUGUGCAGGCGCAUGGUGUGUGACUGUGAGAACCCCACGCUGGAUCUGUUCUGCUGCCCGGAGUGUGACCCGCGGCUCAGCAGCCAGUGCCUGCACCAGAGCGGGCUGAGGGCCUACGCCAGCGGGGAGUCCUGGGUGGAGCACUGCCAGCAGUGCCAGUGCCUGCAAGGUGAGGUGGACUGCUGGCCCCUGUCCUGUGGGCGGGUGGACUGCGACUUCACGGCGGUGCCGGAGGGGGAGUGCUGCCCGCGCUGCGUCUCUGACCCCUGCCGGGCCGACAGCGUCCGCAACGACAUCACCAAGACCUGCGCCGACGAGCACGGCGUCACGCGGCUCAGCGGGUCCUCCUGGCUCAAACACGGCACUGAGUGCACCCGCUGCCAGUGCAAGAACGGACACACCUGCUGCUCAGUGGAUCCCCUGUGUCUCUAGCUGCUGUGAGGAGCUCCGGGCCGUCUCCCCACGUCCAUCAACCUCUUUAUACCAAAUACAGACCUGUACCAUACCAAACGGACAAUGAGACUCCCACCAGCCUCCCCUACGCCCCACCACCUCUCCUUCAGGGUCCCCCAGCCACCCACCCACCACGCCCUCUGUAAAAAGUACCCACCACCACUGGCAUGACGACUCAAUGUUGGCUAUAUCCUGAUUUUUAAACUCCCCUCCGCUGUGAAGAGCUUAGUGCCCUCGAUAGUGAACGUGCCACACUUUUAAAUUUCCCAACACGGAUUCUGGAUCCUGUCGUUUCAGUAGCGCCUAGUUGAUUUCUAGUUUUAAUUUAUUCGGUGGCUUGUUAUCUGUGUAACGGUGAAAUAAACAUUUUCAUUUACAUUAA